AUGGUUAAUCCUUCCGUGAAAGAGUCUGGUCAAUCUGUUGAAUCAUCGGAAGAAUCGCCAGAGACCCAGAGACUCACAACUCCCGGAUUGAAGGACAACCUUGCUUAUCUCAAAGCGGCCGAUGACUGGCUUCUUCAGCAUUGCUACAGCAAAGAGAAUCUCGAAAUAGAGCGUCUGUCAGGCGAGCGACUACCGCUUGAACAAUGCUACAUCAAUCUCAUGGUUAUACCUCACGCCAGGAACCAGACUUCUCGACUUUCAAAUCUUGCACCCAGCAACAAAAUCACAAAUCUGUCCUUGUUUCGGCGGUUGAAUGUCCAUGGCCCAGAUGGCGGUGUCAGAGUCAGUUUUCACGACAUAUUCAAUGCCGCGCGUGCUCACGGCGCGGCAUCAAAACACUCGACGAGAAUCCUCAUUCGCGGUCAAGCAGGCGUAGGCAAGACGACGUUCUGCAAGAAAGCUGUGCACGACUUUGUGCAGAAUCAAGUCUGGAGGCAGCACUUUGAUCGCAUUCUUUGGGUUCGACUACGCAACCUGCUAUCGCGAGAUGGAGGACACAACCUCAAGGAACUCUUUUGUGAUGAAUUCUUCUCGCAGCAUCCACAAUGUAGCGACCUUGCUGGAGCGUUGCGAGAUGCGUGUACUGACCCAGGCGGGAAGACAUUGUUUCUGCUCGACGGGCUGGAUGAGGUCUGGCAUUUGUUACGGCCCGGCGAUGAUCUCGCAAGAUUCGUCAUAUGCCUUCUCAAUCAACCAAAUGUACUCGCGCUGUCUCGCCCCUCUGUUCCGAUUCGAUCGGGCAUAAAGACGUUUGACCUGGAACUAGAGAUGAUCGGCUUCGGGACAGAUCAAGUUCACGAAUACGUUAAGCACAUGGAGCCCGAAAGACACAAAGAGAUUCAGACCUUCCUCUCGUCUCGCCCGCUCAUCCAAGACCUCGUCCGCAUCCCCAUUCAGCUCGAUGCCCUUUGCUAUGGCUGGGAUCAAGUCCACAACCAGGGCCCUGAGACCAUGACGGACCUCUACCAGUCAAUUGAAAAAGGUCUAUGGAGAAAAGAUGUUGUGCGAUUGGGAAAGCCAAAGAUUAGGGACAGUUUGACUGAGAAAGACGACAGUUUUGCCAUGGACAUUGAAGAGCUGAUCGAAGAUGAAACACGCUUUAUCGAACAACUUGCGUUUACUGGGCUGUGUAACAACAUUGUCGAGUUCCAAGACAAGCACGUCAAUAUUAUCUGCCGAUACACCAGCACACACUCUACCUUUGUCGAUAACAUCUUACCAAAGCUUUCCUUUCUACGAACAUCAGACUCGUCAGUCGGAAAGCCGAGUCGUACUUAUCACUUUCUGCACCUGACUCUGCAAGAAUACUUCGCCGCCCGAUACUUUGUGCGCAUCUGGUUGCAGCAUGACAAGGCAGAUCUUGUCUGCAUAGACUUCAACCCAGAUGCGAAAUGGUAUGCGAGAACCUCAUCCCACACAGCUACAAAACCGAAGGACUUCCUUUCCCAAAACAAAUACUCAUCUCGCUACAACAUCAUGUGGCGCUUUGUCACGGGACUAUUGCAUUCAGGGAGGAACGGCUCCGAUGAACUGGCGUUGCAGUUUCUCCAGGCCAUUGACGCCAAGCCACUCGAUUUGAUAGGCGUAGCCCAUCAGAGAUUGACAAUGCAUUGUCUCGCGGAACUGCGUCCUUCUGCGUCAUCGGAAAGGCUCGAAAGUCAUAGAAGCCACCUUGAGGCUCAUUUAGUGAGAUGGUCUACUUUCCAAGCUAAGAGGAGGAAGCUCCAAGAGGGUUCACUAGCUGGUGAGACCGAGUUCCCCAGCAAGGCACUUUUGAUGAUGUUGCAGAAUGAGGAUCCCGUCACCUUCAGAGCGGCUUUGAUGGCUUACAAGAAGAGGAUGCGGUCAGGAUCUCGGGUUCCACUUGAAUUCGAAAAUGUCUUGACAUGUCGGCUGAGAAAGGCUGGGUCUGAGAAGACCCAAAAGUAUGGCGGAGCCCUGCUGGAGAAUGAUGUUUCAAUGAUAAUCAAAACUCUUGGUCCGCCAGAAUACUUGACAGAAAGUGUAAACCUUGCACUAAGGCUGAGUCUUGAGAAUCGAAGUCCAUGGGUUGCAUCUGGUAUCUUUUCUGCUCUGGACGAAUAUCCAGAGACUAUAGCGACUUAUAUCGAAGCUAUAUCUACCAUUCUUGACUCCGAUGACGCUAGCCUAAGAUGGCGGACCAUGGUAAGGUUGAGCGGGCAGAAGAACCUUCCCCAGUUGACUCUUGAUCGUAUGGCAAAGUUUCUGUGCAGACCAGAAGAGACACGCCUCGCAAGAGAAAGGGCCAUUGACAUCCUGACAGCUGAGUCCUACUGGGAAAAGUACCUGGCUUUGAAGGCGACAGAGGAUGAAGGUGGUGAGAAACCAAGGGAUGAUGUGGAUCUUGUACAGACUGGCUUGAAGCUCAUGGAAUACGGAGACCCAGAGAAUACUGCUAUUGCAACUUUGGCACUUGGAUACCAGGACCAGCAACUACCAAGAAAGGCUGUCAACAAGAUCCUUACGAACCUUUUGCGAGAUGAUGUAGUCAUCAGACUGGCUUCUCUGGAUGCAUUAGCUCAGCCGACAGAUCUUGAGAUUGAGGAUCUAAGAGCCAUUUCUGAUCAUCUGAAUAACCCAAUUCGUGCUGUCCAGCUUGCUGCCGUCAAAGCACUCGAAGGGCGGAGCGAACUAUCCCGCAUGGAUGAUACGCUAUGCUCGCUUGUCAAGUUUUUGAGGGUCGGGACUUUCGACAUUGAUUCAGAAAUACGACUGGUUGCGGAAAGGAUCUUGCGAUGUCAGGAGUUCCUAUCAGAGAGGGUGAUGGAGCUUAUGAUAGGCCUUUUCAACGAUGAGACUACUACGCCCAAGGGGUGCCAAAAGCCCCUAUUUAUUCCUGGAGGGUUCUCAGAUGUUAUGCCUCCGUUCCCUGAAGCGGCACUCAACAAGGUCAUCCCGUAUCUGGGAUCUGAAUAUCAGAAGAUCCGGAGGGGGGCGCUAUUAUUGUUCGAUGGUCAAUCGAAACUUCCCGAGACUGUGUUACGAGCAAUUGUUGAACGUCUGGUGGACGAUUACGAGCCCAUACGUCGACAAGCGAUGAAGACGUUGGAAAGUCACCGACUGGAUCUGAAUGAGCGACUUUACUCGGCUAUAGAGUCCCAUCUGGAUUUCAAAGAUGGAACUAAAAGAGACUUGGUGUUUGAAACCGUUUACAGAACUGUUGGAUGUCCGGAGAAGGUUCUGCGAACCAUUGAAAAAGCUCUACAUGAUAAGGAUCAUCUCAUACGACUCAAUGCUCUUACAUAUUGGAUCCAUCACCCAGAUAUUCCCGGAAGACUUCACGAAGCCGUGGCAGUAUGUUGCGAGACGCUAACACACAGAGAACCCAAAGGAAGGGAACGCAUGAUCGAGAUGCUUACUCGUGAGAAAAAGAGAUUCCUCCCCGACACAAGAACUCUUUACGCUCUCGCAGAGUUUCUCAACGACGACGACGUAUGCAUCCGGCGAGAUACAAUCAGCUAUCUAGCCCGGCAUCCAAACGUACCUCCCAAGAUAACCGCGCAGAUAGCCACCAAGAUCACGGCGUUUCCAGAAGACAUCUUUCGGUACAAUUCAUCAAUGAGCAUUCUCCUACAGCACAACGACGCCUAUGGAGCGACGCUGGCGAGAGCAAAGGUAGAUGAGCAGCUCAAGUUUCUGCUGGAGAGAUCGGAUACGAUGCAUGUUGCGUGGUAUGUGAGGGAUGGGCAGAGUCUGAUUGAGACGGGGAGUGGGGUGAUGUGUAGGGAGUUGGAGAAUUCGAGGGCUUUUGUGAGUGCAGUUGAGGAGGCGAGGAAGAAGGCUGAGAUGCCUGAUGUUGUGGCCUGUGUGCCGUGGCAAUGGGCGGGAUUUGGGUGGUGA